GCCGUUUGCUUCGAUCCGUAUGCGAAAAACAAAACGACCGGAGCGUUCAUCCUGAUCGACUACAUGUCGAACCGUACCGUCGGUGCAGGGAUGAUCAUCGAUCGCGAUGCAAGUGACGCCGAUGAGUUGUGGGACGUCGAAGGAGACGAAACUCUCCAAAGCUCGAAGGGAAAUGUUUCCUCAGAUGAGCGAGCCGCUCGAUUCGGUCAAAAGCCGGCCACCGUCCUUUUGACCGGUUUGACUGGGGCUGGCAAAACCACGAUUGCUUACGCUUUAGAGCGCCGCCUGUUUGACGAAGGAAAGACCAGCGUCGUCUUGGACGGUCAAAACCUCCGUCGAGGUAUCAGCAAGGAUCUCGGCUAUACGGCCGAACAGCGUGGCGAAAACCUGCGUCGUGGAAGCGAAAUCGCGCGAAUGCUCAACGAGUCUGGCAUGCUUUGUAUCGCUGCCUUCCUGGCACCCAACAGUGAAGUUCGGCAGAAGGCGAGCGAAGUUGUCGGAACCGAUCGUUUCCUGACGGUUCACCUAUCCGCUCCGAUUGAAGUUUGUCGGGAGCGAGAAGAUGGCGGAAUGUACGCCAAAGCGGAUAGCGGCGAGAUCGCCAACUUCCCCGGCGUCAGCUACGACUACGAAGUGCCAGAAAACGCAGACCUCGUUCUUCCAACACACGAACUUAACGUGGAAGAAUGCGUUGAUAAGAUCUAUCAGUUGCUCCAAGAUCGCGGCAUCAUUGACUAA